AUGGCUUUCAAGAACAUGUUGAGUGCAGCAAUCAAUCAAGGGGUUUCGGAAGCACGAGCAAGGAUCUUCGGCCACCAAUUGAAUCCCUCUGGCAAGAAAUCUCCGCACAAGAUUCUCCGCAUGAAGCUCUUCGGUGAAAAAGUCGCUCAGUGGUACCCUCACGACAUAAAAAAAGACGACCCUCUUGUCAUGGCCCGUCAAGAACAAGAACGUCUGUCCAAGCUUGAAAUGUUGAAGCGGCGAGGAAAAGGACCACCGAAGAAGGGCCAAGGAAGGCGUGCUGCCAAACGCAACAAAUAA